UUUUUGCUCGUGCUGGACAUGGCACACCUUGGAUUGACAUCAACUUCGAAGCACCCAGCUUGGUUGGAUUCGUCUCCGCUGACCUAUGGCAUUGGAUGAACGGGAUUACUUUCAGCAGCUUGUGACCUUGGCAUUGCUGAAAGCCUGUUGUCCUUGAAAAGUCAUAGCCAUCCUGAUUCUUUCCCUUCAAUACCAGGACCAUCCAGAUGUGGUAUGCUCAUUUUGGUAAUUGAUCUUGCAAGUCUUGCCUCGUCGUCAUUGCUGCAAGCUCCUGGAUGCUGUGAUGCAUUUCUGUCAGUGCUUGGCGUGGUGAGGGCAGGUGUACCAUCAGCUAUCCUGGACAUUGUACAUUCAGGAGUGUUGCUACUCGUGCAGUCCUCUUCGCAGCCUGGGCCGUUUCUGUUGGUCAUUGGCAUUGCAAGUGCCGAUCCGUGGAUGUUGGCAUCAGACUUUUUGCACUUGGAGAGCCUAUUGCUUUUGAGGAGCUUUGCUAGGUCAGAAUCAUUGGCACCAACAAUUGGCCUGGCCUACGCGGAGGCGUUCCUAUCACUGCAUGCUAGCUGCAGGCUGGGCUUCUCCCUGCUGUCGAUGGGGAUUUCUUGUGCAGAACUGUCCUUGUUUGUCUCAACAUUUGCUGCUUUGGGGGCCUCUUUGCUGCUCCAAUCCUUAGCUUGGUUUGGGUUUUUGGUGCCGACACUUGCAACGGCAUCAAUGGGCAGCUUUCUGACAACUCUGCAGGCUGCGUGCGCGGAAGCGGUGCCACCUUUGCAAAGCUUUGGCCAUUUCGAGCUCUCUUUCUUGGCCUUGGGUGUAUCUACUCUGGACGUGGAGCCGUCAGUGCUGGACAUCGCCAGCAUUGGAGUGUCAGCUUUUGCACGCAGCACCUGGAGAUUGGACUCGCCACCUUCUAUUUCUGGAAGGAGUUGCCCUGCUUCCUCUCUGUUGCUUUUGGAUCGUUCCGAGCUUGAAAGUAGCUUGUCGUUGAGACGGUCUUUGCAAACUGACGCAGUGCCACCGUUGUUUGGACUAGGGUGCCUGGGGUCAACAUCGCCAGCACUGGACUUUCUUCUCCCCGACUUUUUGCUGCUUUUGCGAGAAUUUGCUCAAUCUGGCCUCCUGUUGUUUGCUCCUGGUUUGGCUUGGAUGGACGCACCCAUUUCCAUGCUGGGUCCUUCCCAUGUUGGAACUGCUUUGCUUCCUCAACGGUUUGCUUGCUUGGAAUUGGUGCCACCGGCGCUGUCCCCGCUCCGUGCCGGCACAUCAAUAUUUGCCUCAGAUGGCAUUAGUCCUGGAGCCGCCCUGCUUCUGCACAGCUUCCUUUGCACUGGUGUGGCUCCGCUUGUCUUGGGCACGUUGCGGUUUGACUUCCUUCUGGCAACUUUGGGAGCGUGGCAUGUUGGAUCCUCCUCGCCUGCAAGGAGCCUUGGUAGACCUGGUCCAGCAUUUCUGCCUUCUGGAUCAUGCCGACCCGACCACCCCCUUCCUGCGCUGGACUUUGUUUGUUUCGGCUUGUCUUUGUUAGCAAGAUCGCCUGCGACUCAUUCUGCAACAUGUUGUCGCUGCUUUCAACUUGACGUGGGAACUCAAUGCCGAACUAGGUUUGCGCAUUCUGACCCGGGAUUGCUGAUGGCAGGCGAUGCGACGUUUGGUGGCAAUGUCAAUCUGGUGAGCUCCUUACCAGCCCGUCACGUUGCCCACUUUGGCUUCUUCCUUCUUCUUCUUCAAAUAAGUCGACUUGGCAGCUUACUACUUGUGUUGGACUCCUUGCAUACUGGCUCCUCUUUAGCCUCGCGUAGUUUUGCACGCUGUGGUUCCCCUGUUUCACCAUUGAACCUCUGUAGUGUGGACUCGUUGCUGGUGAUGAAAAGCUCCAUGCAUCCUGAAGUGUCUAUGCCUUCAUUGGGCAAAGCCUGCUCUGGUUCUAUUCUGGCAGUUGGGGGCAAUCUGCAUCCAGGUGCAGCAAUCUAUUUUAAUGGACCGGGAACCUAUUUGCAGUAUGAUGCUGGUGCAACG